AUGACUGUCGAUUCCAAGCGCUUGACGAUGAGCCUGUUUAGCAAGCCGAAACAACAGCUCCGGCACUCCAAGUCUCUUGGCUCCCCAGAUGCACGCCAUAGAGACGCGUUUUUGAAGCGUCCGGGCCGUACCACUUACGAAGACCUGGAGUCUGAAAACAAGAUGUUACAGGAGCAGGUGACAAACCAAAAGUAUUUGAUUGUCAAGUUGGUGAAGCAAUUGGAGAACUGGGAAACUGAGGAUACCACCAAAGUGCAGCCGGCUUCUCCAACACGCUCCAUCUCGUCGAAUAGCUCCUCUUUACAGACACUCGUUGCCGAGAAUUCCGAAAAGGAUAAGAUGAUCGAGCAACUGACCGCCAAGAACAAACAGCUUCUCACUAAUAUUGCGGAACUUGAGUCCCAACUGUCUGCCAGUCGCUCCGAAUACCAGAGCAAUCUUUCUAAACUAUCAAAUUCGGUUUCUCUGAUUUCGGAAAACCAGAAGUUCCUUUCCCACCCAACGCUUCCGGGACUCAUUUCGAGUCCCCAGGAGUCGGAUCUGAAGCUCAGCAAGUUCUCGAGAAAAGAACAGGGAGAAACGUUUGUGUUACGCAAGCUCAGUAUCUGCUGA